AUGUCACACAGACAUUCCACCCCCAAAACCACACAGACAGUCCACCCUCAACCCUCAACCCCACACAGGCGCUCCACCCUCCACCCACCACCUCACACAGACUCUCCACCCUCCGCUCCACACAGUCCACCCACCACCCCACACAGACUCUCCACCCUCCACCCACCCACCACCAGACACCACCCCACACACCCUCCGCACACAGACUCCACCCUCCACCAUCCCACCCCCACCACACCCAGACCUCCACCCUCCCUCCCCACACAGACACUCCACCCUCCACCCAACACAGACCCUUCACCCACACACUCCUCCACCAACCACCCCACACAGACGCUCCACCCUCCACCCACACAGACACUCCACCCUUCCACCCCACACAGACGCUCCACCCUCCACCCACCACCCACACAGACGCUCCACCCUCCACACAGACAGUCCACCCACCUCCACCCUCCACCCACCACCCCACAGACGCUCCACCCUCCACCCCAGCCCACCCCCACACAGACCCUCCACCCACACCACCUCCGCCCUCCACCCCCCACACAGACACUCCACCCCCCAUCCACCCACCACCCCCCACACAGACUCUCCACUCUCCACCCUCCACACAGACAGUCCACCCUUCACCCCACACAGACCUCCACCCUCCACCCACCACCCACACACAGACGCUCCACCCUCCACCCUCCACACCAUCCACCCCACCCCACACAGACGCUCCACCCUCCACCCACCACCCAGCACACAGACCUCCACCCUCCACACAGACUCUCCACACACAGACUCCACCCUCCACCCACCACCCCACACUGA